AUGCGUAACUCGCGCACUCUCGGUCGUUUGAUUUGGUAUCAUGUCCCCCCGCGCCUUUCACCCAAGACCCCUGAAGAAGCGAAGUCAGGACAACUUCAGCGCUCUGUCCAGGAGAUGAACAAGGUUAUGGCCGAGAAGCGAAUGGCGCUUGACAUGAUCCAUGGCUUCUCUGUUGCCGUCAAGCACCAUCUUCGCGGCGAGCUGGGGAUCUAUUUUGAGGACCUUAUCUCGAACUUUGAGCAGCAUGUUCACACCGCAGACGAUGAAAUGGACAAUCAAGCGACGACGACCGCCUUACCACCUCGCAAGGGCAUGCGCAUCACCACGAAGACCAACCUUCCCCAACAGCAAGACGGUACCAUCUCCAUCUCGGCCAUCUCAGCUUCACCCCGCUCGGUCCACUCGUACUCGUCCCAGAUCGCCUACGCAGCUUCCGCUCAAGUCGAACGCGAAACAUCCGGGCUUCCGCCGCCUUCUGGCCAGUAUGGGACCUUUGGAAUUCUUGAUGAUCAAACCACCGUCAUCCAUCGUCACGCCUCUGCCUCCUCUUCGCGAAGCAACGUCUCGGACGAGAACGCUCGUCAGCCACUGCUGCCCUCCUCCCAGCCUCCCGCGGAUGAAGUAAUGAACAAGGUCUCGCGAGAGCUAAUACCAGGUGCGCGUUCCUGGGCUAUCUUUAAGCGAUGGCUCGGUUUUGGUCCUAAGCCGGAGCAACUCCCUACUUCUGUUCAAGGCGCACACGCCGAAAUCGAGCAAGGCACCGACAACAACCCGUACCGGACUCGAAGACAAUGGAAAGGCCCUGUUGCGUCCUCUGUUCAUACGAAGCAUCGUCCCAAGGUUGCUGGUGGAGGGGAGAACCUUCCUUUGGAGAUUAUCCGAUGUUUGAGUGAAUGGUUCAGCGUCCUUGAGGAUCGCGGGACUGUGAAUGGAGCGAGUAUUGGUGGCAUGAUUGGUACCCUGGUUGCGUUUGAGGACACUUUGACGGGCAAGCCUCGAAAGGAUUCUGACGACACCGCUGCCAUUUUGAUAUCAAUAUCAGUCGUGGUCGCUACUGAUGCCCUUAAUUCCUUGGUAUACGACCACAGGCAUACCGUUUGGAUGUACCUCUUCUUCCUUCCGUUCCAGCUUGUCAGCCAAUUCGGUUACUACACCAUUCCAGGUGUCGCCAUCGCUGCUUUCAUUUACCUUGGCUUUGUGGCUGCCGGUGAAGAGAUUGAACAACCCUUCGGCUAUGACGACAACGACUUGGACUUGGACCUCUUCUGCUCUGAGGUCGUAGGAUCUGACAUCAAGCACCUGAAGCAAUCCCCGGCUCUCAACGUGUACCUCGGCCCGCUACAGGAAGACCCACAAAUCAUCCAUCGCCGCUCGAUGACCCUCGACUCUAUCACCAAUAAUACCGAGGACGAGGACCUCAUCAGCACAGUCCACAUUUCGACAUAG